AUGGUGGAAGUGGUAAUGGUGGUAACCAUUGGGUCGGUGGUAGUUGCGUUUGCAGUGGUAGCAAUGGUCGUAGUUGUGGUGUUGGCUGAAACAGAAUUGGCGGUGGCGUAUCAUAUUGCAUCUUACUUUUAUUUAUUCAUUUUAUUCUUUUAUAUCGUCUCUUUUUUCUUUCUUUCUUUCUUUCUUUCUUUUGCCUUAGGAUCAUAUAAUCUCUUUCCUUUCUCUUCUCUUUUUGGGAGAUGUUACCCUUCUUCCUUAGUAUCAUAUCGUAUCUUACUUUUAUUUAUUCAUUUUAUUCUUUUAUAUCGUCUCUUUCUUUCUUUCUUUCUUUCUUUCUUUCUUUGGAGAAGGUUUUUUUUCCCCUUUGGAUUAAAUCAUCUCUUUCUUUCCUUUUCUCUUUUGGAGAUAAAUCUCUCUCUUUUCAUAUUAUAUCCUCUCUAUCAUUUGUCUCCCUUUUUUGGUACGGGAUUUUUUUCUCUCUCAUUAUUCACGUUAUAUUAUAGUAUUUCUUUCUUUUUCUUCUUUUUAGAAUCCCUCUUUUUUCUUGGUUUUAUAUAUUUUCUUUCUUUCUCAUUUUUUUUAGAAUGUCUUUUUUAUUUUUCUUAUAUUUUCUCUUUGUUUAUUUUGCGGUGGGUCUAUUUUUUUCGUUAUUUUCUCUUUCGUUCGUCUCCUUUUUUGUUGGUAAUUUCUUUUUACUGCGUAUUAUACGUCCUUUUUCUUUCUUUCUUUCGUUGUUUCCUUUUUUCCUCGCCAUUGUAUUGUCACCUUACCUUCGUCUUCUUUCUGGGGAAGUCUCACUUGCAUAGCAUUAUCGUCUUUCUUUACUUCCUACACUUUUUGAAAAUUUCUCUUUUUUGGGAGCAUUAUAUCGUCUUUCUUUCAUUUUCUUUUUUACGGAAUAAGUUUUUCUUUUUCCUUUCAACUUCUACAUUUUUUUUUGUUUUCUUUUAUGUUGAAUUUCUUUACAGCUUCCUUGCAUCUCUUCUUCUAAUUCUUCACUUUAGGAAGAAUGUGCUGCGCCAUUUUUUCAGUUUUCUUUUUCUUUCUUUUUUACAAUUUUUCCUAUUUUUUUUACUUUUUACGAUUACUUCCCUUCCACAUCCUUAUCGUUUUUAA